CCAGUGAAUUGCAGCGAUUUCAAGGACUGUAUUAAUUGUACAUCCUUUACAAAUCUCUCAAAUGCCAAUUUGAGCUGCCUGUGGACGAUCUGUGAAGGUAGAGUGGAGAAAUGUGUCAGUUCAUUGGAGGCAUCAAAAAAUUGCACAAACCUGACUACAUGUGAAGCCCUUCCAAAUAUUACAGCAGCUCCAACUCCUACUUCACCGGCCAAUACUUCAAGCAUGUUGACUUCAGUCCCUGCAACCAUAACUUCAACUUCUGCAAUUGCCAAUUCUUCAAACUCUUCUACUUCAGUUCCUGUCACGCAAAUUAGCUCUCUGGCACCCAAUGCCACCAGCCUUGGUACUACAGCAGGUACACCUAAUGGGACGACUCCAGUACCACCUCCGCCCUCUAAGAAAUCUACCUUUGAUGCAGCAAGUUUCAUUGGGGGAAUUGUACUUGUGCUUGGAUUGCAAGCUGUAAUCUUUUUUGCUGUGAAGUUCUGCAAAACUAAGGAUAGGAACUACCACACGCUCUAAGCACCUCCCUGCUGGACCACAAUAUUUUGGCUGUUGCUUACAUUGUUGGUCCGCUCUGUAGGUUAAGUUUCAGGAGAAAACACUAUUCUUUAGAAUUAGCCAUAUCUUUAAUGGUGUGCGUGGUUUAACUUUUUUGAUUUUAAGUUUUGACUUGCCAUUUGUUCAAUGGGCUUGUAAACUUUAAUUGAUCCAAACACGUGGGCACAUGAUUGAUUUUGGGGGAGGGAAGACAGCCAUGCCUUAAAUAAAUGUGGCCUUAUUCCUGCUAAAGUUUUGACCAUGGAAUAUGGGCCUCUGUCAAAUAAACUAGAGUUCUUAUUCACAAAGUAUUUCUCUUUUAGAUUUUUCAGUGUUAAAAUGGUUGAUUUGUAAUCCAGGGCUGCCAACUGGGCUGAUUACUGUAACAAAUUACAGUAAUGUAAAUGAUUUUUAGUGAAUGUUCCAAAGUGAAUUACAUUUUAGAUUAUUUGCACUAGAUCCUGAUUUAGUUUGCCACUUUUAGUUCAUAUCUCCAAAGUAAAAAAAGAAAAAACUCCAUUUUCAGUAGUGAUCUUGGUUGUGUGUUUUGCAUGAAUGGGUGUUAAAUCAGAACGCAUGUUAUCCACUUUUUUAUUUGGGAUUUACUGUUGGAGAUUUGGAGGAUUGAUUUGGUUCCAGUAUUUUCCCUUGCCAUUGGCUCUUGUGAAAUACUGCAUGUUGUGGUACAUUGAAGAUUUCUGCAUUGUGAAUAUAGUACUUGCAUUCUGUUUACAUUUGUGUAAUGUGGAAGAAUAGAGCAGAUUAUAUGCAAGAAGGAUUUUGUUUUCUUUGAGCAGAAUCACUAAAGUUGGUAGCUCUCAGUGACAUUAAUGUGAAAAAUUUAACAUCUUAGCUUGAGAUUAUUCUGUAAAAUUGGAAGACAAUCAUUUCACAUUAAAUUUCUAAAUCUUGAAGUGUAUAAUGCUGUUUAAUUCUGGGGUUGGUUAAGUGCUUUAUGUUGUAAAUGAUUUGAUCAGUUGUGUACAAUAACUUCACAGUAAUUACUCUAUGGAGCAAUAUGCUCUUGUACAUCUUAAAAAUGAAAGCAAUUGAAAUGUGGAUAAUAACUGGGAAAGUUGCUGCAUUCAGGGUAAACAAAAGUGAUGGUGUAUAAAAUUACUAACCUGAGGCAGAUAAUUUGAACAUGGACAGAAUGAUUGUCCAGAUUUUUUUAUUUGGUGACCAAUAAUUGUGUUUGAAAUGCAAGAUAUAUUCUGGUCUAAUUAAUCCUCCCCUCACCUUCCAUAAACUUGCAAAGUAGAAUCCAAAGCUUUGAAAAAAUUGUGCCUCCGCAUCUACCUUAAAGUAGGUGCAUAGUGACUGCUUCCGAGAUCAAAACUUCAGAUUCAGUUUUUGAAAAUGACCUAAAAUUCUUCUCUCUCCUUUUUCCCCCAGUCUCUCCCACCUGUCCGAAAUAUAAUAAGCUGCAUAGAAAUCAGACUUGCUCUGGGUAUAAUGCAAGUGGAGUGCUGCUUAAUUGGCCAUCAAUAUUUGGGUAACCUGAGUAGUUUUUGAAUGCUUCAGAUAAACAGCACUAGCUAAAUUGUAUGUUUCUUGUAUAAGUGUUCUGUUUGAUGUAUUGAAUACUAAAAUUUGCUUUAUCAAUAUCUUGUAAUAUCCAAGCUAAUCUCAAGUGCUCUAACUUAUCUUUUUAUGGACAUUAUCUUGUCUCAUUGCUGCACUUGCAUUUGUUUUGUCUGUCAUCUAAAACCAAAGGGAUUCUUAUUUUGUUAUUUGUGCAGCUACACACCUUUGCAUUAAAUUAACAAAGCUUUAGUUAAACUGCAGUAUGUGGACUUAAGUAACCUACUUGGGCAUAACAAGACUAAGUUGCAUUCAGCUGCAAGGGGCCUUGUUGCUGUACCAUGUUUUUCACAUGCUUUAAUUUAUUGCACUGAAAUGUUCACUGCACCCUCAGUACCUUGAAGUUGUAGCUGCAGACUGUAUUACUGUCCUCUUGUUUCAGGUGCUCAAGAUUUGCACUACAUCUAGGCUGUGCAAUUGAGAAUUGAAUUCAGGUUAAAGUGCCUUAAAGGAUACUUUGUAAGCCAUUGACUUGAAGUAUGGCCAAAAAUGUAAUUGGAGGGCAGGGGAGAUGAGAAAGAAAGUGUUUAAUAUUAUGUUUUGGAAGUGCUUCGUUCAGAACUCUGCUGCCUUCACUUGCCAAAGUGUGAUGUAAUGUAAAAGCUGAAGUUUUCUUUUUGGGUGCCUGCUUUACCUGUAAUGUUGUGAAAUGUUGUUACACCCCACAAUAUCUCUGAACAGUGUGCAACCAUACCAACCAAUAAAUUUCAUGUUUUA